GGGUUCUGGCUGCUCUGGACCAUCCUGAUCCUGCUGAGCUGCUGCUGCGCCUUCCGGCACCGCCGGGCCAAGCUCCGCCUGCAGCAGCAGCAGCGGCAGCGCGAGAUCAACCUCAUCGCCUACCACGGUGCCUGCCACUACCCCCCCUCCGCGGGGGACCUCCGGCUGUUGGCCUCCUUCAAGCUCCCCGCGUACGAGGAGGUGGCCCAGCGCCCCGGGACGCCGCCGCCGCCCUACAGCCCCGGGAGCCCCUCGCUGUCCCCCGGCUCCUCCGGGGGCUGCAGCUCCUGCUCCUGCGGAUGCUCCUGCGCCUCCUCCCCCAGCAGCUCCUCGCUGUCGGCGCCGGGUACCGACGAGACGGACCCGGAGCCGGGGCCGGGCCCGGGGGGCAGCACCGCCGGCGGCUCCAGCAGCACCGGCACGGGCGCCAGCUGGGAGCUGCCCCUGCCCGAGGAGCCGCCGGCCCGCGGGGGCCCCUCCAAACGCGGCCCCCUGGACUUCCCCGAGGCACAGGGCGGCCCCUGCUCCUACACCGAGGGGGGUGAAGAGGGGAUGGGCGGUGCGGCCCGGGGGGAAGGCGGCCCCGGGCGGCAUCGGAGGCUCACGGGGGACUCGGGGAUCGAGGUGGGGCGGGGUCUGGAGGAGGAGGAGGGUGAGGCCGAGGGCUGCGGGGGGCCAGGGGGUGGGGGGGGCCUGGCCCACCUGCGCUGCCUGUCUGAGCCCCCCCGGGACCCCCUGCUGGGGUCUGGACUCACCACGGAGCCCCCGGGGGCCCCUCACCCCGACUGACCUCCACGGUGACCCCGCUCACGGUGUGGCCCUGCCGGAGCCCCCUCCCCUCCAAAUUGCUUCUGGGGUUCCCCCCGUGCCCCUGGUGCUGCUGCCUGGGGGGGCCCCAUCGCCGGGGGGGGGGGCCCAGGCAGUGGGGGUGGGUGGUCCUGGCACAUUCUCUCACCAUUAAAGAGACGUGGAAGUACCGGA